AGGCUCUGAGUAAAUAGGCGAGGCCCGGGAUGAGCAGGGGCUGGAAUCCGAAAGUGGGAGGCGGCGGCCCCCCACCCAUCAUAGUCCACCAUAGUUCGGUGCUGCCUGCUAGCACCGAAGUUUAGCCUAGGACUGGGGCCGUUUUUAAGGGCCCGGCCCUCCGCCGCCGCGCACGUGAGCGGCACCAGGAAGCCGGCUGGGCGCAGCCUCCCCUGACGCUCGCCGGCACCGGCCGCACGCGUCCUUGCCGGGCCUCUGAGCGGAGGGAAACCGAGGCUAGAGGGAGGGCGCAGUCUGCCCAAGGUCGGCGGCAGCGGCAGUUUCUGAGCGCCAAGUGUGGUUGGAGCCCUCCAGGAAGAGGGGCGUGACCAGAGCUCUAGUAAAGAGCCCUGACCUUGUAAAGCUAGGUUUAGCUUCUGAUUUGCCCAAGGGGUUUGAGAAUGGGACGACGGUGCUUUAGAGGCCCCUGUAGGCUUUCCCUGAGGAGGGCAGUCAGGGCACGAUGGUUGGCUCAGUGAUUAUUUCCUGGGCAGGGGUGGCUGUUCUUUCAGCUCCCAGCACUGGAGCGCUCGGCUCCUGCCGCACUGGAUGCAAGCAGUUACUAAAAGUGAGCCUGGCAUUUCAGGUGAACUCCCAGACCGUCUUCCUUUACUUUUGAAUAUAGGGGAAAUUCACGUUACCCCUCUCCGUGCCGACCAAGCCUCUGAGACGCACAGCUGCCUUGAGGUGCAGUGUGGGGGGUCCAGAGCCAUGUCGGACCUGCUACUACUGGGCCUGAUUGGGGGCCUGACUCUCUUACUGCUGCUGACGCUGCUGGCCUUUGCCGGGUACUCAGGGCUGCUGGCUGGGGUGGCAGUGAGUGCUGGGUCACCCCCCAUCUGCAACGUCACUGUGGCCUACAAGUUCCACAUGGGGCCCUAUGGUGAGACUGGGCGGCUUUUCACCGAGAGCUGCAGCGUCUCUCCCAAGCUCCGCUCCAUCGCUGUCUACUAUGACAACCCCCACAUGGUGCCCCCUGAUAAGUGCCGAUGUGCCGUGGGCAGCAUCCUGAGUGAAGGUGAGGAAUCGCCCUCCCCUGAGCUCAUUGACCUCUACCAGAAAUUUGGCUUCAAGGUGUUCUCCUUCCCGGCACUCAGCCAUGUGGUGACAGCCACCUUCCCCUACACCACCAUCCUGUCCAUCUGGCUGGCUACCCGCCGUGUCCAUCCUGCCUUGGACACCUACAUCAAGGUGAGGCACAGGCCUGGGGUGUGUGUGUUGGGGACAGCUAGGCCCCUUGGGUGGAGCUAAGGAGGACUGCCUAGAAUGGGAGGAAGAGGUGGUUUUGGCAGAGCAGCACCCUGGGACCCUCAUGGAACAGGUACCUGUGGAGCUAAGAAGAUGGGCAGAGGUUGUUGGCAUCUCUUUCAGAUGCCCAAGAUCUUGUGGGAGCUGGAGCAUAUCCCAAGAGCAUGGAGAGCUUGUUCAUAAACCUAGUCUGGUUAGUUUGGCUCUCUGGCUUUGACCAAAGACAUCCUUAGUGCUUAUCCCACACUCUGGCUCAGAUGAAUGGACAGGCCACUUUAUUCUCAUCCUGCUGGAGACCUGCACAGCAAGGACCUGAGGCUCCCAGUGUCUGGGCAGGCCCCAGGUAAUCAUGUAUUGCCCGUGGCCCUGCCUCUGCAUGGGCUUAUAUACCUGCUCCCAGAGGCCAGGGCUGGGGCAGCAGUGGCAGGCUGUGUCUCCUUUACUUCCUGACUUGGUCACUGGCAAUGCUGGCAGCCCAACCUUCCUGGAGGAAGGAGAGCCAGCCACCAGGUCAUCUGACAGGGAUUUCUGUGUCUACAGAGAUAGAUUUUUUAAAAGCAUACCCUGUUACACAUCCCUCCUCCCCUGAAUGUUUUGUAAAUUUGGGUGCUAGGGAAAUAACCCCAGUUGGGUUUGGAUGUGAUUCUUUAUUCAUUCAUUUAACUUGUAUUUAUUGUCUGCAUGCCAGGUGCUAUAAUGGGCACAAUGUGAAUGAAACAUUGGUGCAUGAAACAGACAUUCACAGUGAGGUGGUGAAGAUAGGUAAUAAAUGUCAGACAAAAAUGGGACAUGUGCUAGAGAAGGAGAGGGUGAGAAAAGUCGGGGAACUAAUUUGGACAGAAUGAUCAGGGACAGCCUCUCAGAGGAGACAACCUCAAGGCAGAGUCCUACAAGGGCCUUUAGAGAGGAGGUAAGAACUUCUAGGCAGAGCUUUGAUCUACAUGCAGCAGGAAGUCACUGCAGUGUUCCAGCCAGGAAAAUAACACAGUUGGAGCCACGUCUGUACAAGAUGGGCUGUCCCAUCUCUGGGCAUGGUGGACCUGGACCAUAGACCUGGGACCCGGUGAAGAUGCUUAGACCUAGGGCUGAGGAAUUAGCCUAGGAGGCUAUCAUGAAUCCUAUUGUGAGUGGUGGCAGCUUGGGCAGGCCCAGUGGCUACAGAGAUGUGGACAAGGAUAGAGAUUUACAAUCACUUUUGGAAUAGAACUGAUGGACUUUGGGUGGAUUCGCUGUUGGGGAAGGAGAGGCAAUGAGGGAGUCACAGAGGGCUCUGCUCCCCUCUGGCCUGGGCAGGUGGGCAAGCGUGUAGUGCUGCUUUUCACUGACAUGUGGGAAACUGAGGGAGGCCCUGGUUUUGGGGGGAAGGUAGCUAUUUGGGCUAUUGCAGGGGAGCUGCCUGAGAUACAUCUAAGUUGGGGGGUGUGGAGUCAGCAAUGGUAUGUGUGGCCUGGAGUUGAGAAAAGGCUGGGCUGGUGGAUAUAUUUGGGGACAUCAGCCUUUUGGCAGUAUUUGACCUGGGAGGCUGCCCUGUGCCUCCCAGCCUCUGUGGGGUCAGGUAGGCGAUAGACAGCCUGUGGCAGCAAAGGCUGCGCAGAGGGUGUGGCCAGUGUCGCAGGGGUCAGAGAACAGGACAAGAGAGUCAGUGGGAGUGAGAACCUGCUACACUUGGAGGAUCCUUGCAACUUUGUUCACCAAAGCAGCUUGGGGAAAGGGACAGAGCGUUGAUGAUGGAAAUGGGAGUUCAGAUGUCCCUGGAGUCUGGUGUUGGGGCUGAGGAAUGAAUAAAUGAGGCCCUGGGUCACCAGCUGUGUCCUUGGUGGUCAAGGACAGGUUUGAAGAAUCAGGAGUGAGAAGACCUGGAAAGGGGAGGGCUGUCACAGUGGUAGGGCAGGGGCACAGGGAGA